AUGAUCCAUACGUUUAGUCACAUGCACAGUCUCCAGAAACACCAGAGGGUCCAUACAGGGGAAAAACCAUUUGAGUGCCCGGAAUGCGGACAGCGUUUUAGUCAUAUGGGCCAUCUCAAGAAACACCAGAGGAUCCAUACAGGGGAAAAGCCAUUUGAGUGCUCAGAUUGUAAAAAGACCUUUAGUCAAAUAAGCAAUCUCAAGACUCACCAGAUUACUCAUUCAGGGGAAAAACCAUUUGAGUGCCCAGAAUGCGGAAAGCGUUUUAGUCGUAUGGACCAUCUCAGGCAACACCAGAGGAUCCAUACAGGGGAAAAGCCAUUUGAGUGCUCAGAAUGUGGAAAGACCUUUCGUCAAAUGGGCACUCUCAGGCAACACCAGAGCAUCCAUACAGGAGAAAAACCAUUUGAGUGCCCAGAAUGCGGAAAGCGUUUUAGUCAUAUGGGUCAUCUCAGGCAACACCAGAGGAUCCAUACAGGGGAAAAGCCAUUUGAGUGCUCAGAAUGCGGAAAGAAGUUUAGUGACAUGAGCAGUCUUAAGACACACCAGAGGGUCCAUACAGGAGAAAAGCCAUUUGAGUGCUCAGAAUGUGGAAAGACCUUUCGUCAAAUGGGCACUCUCAGGCAACACCAGAGGAUCCAUACAGGGGAAAAACCAUUUGAGUGCUCAGAAUGCAGAAAGAGGUUUAGUCACAUGAGCAGUCUCAAGACACACCAGAGGGUCCAUACAGGAGAAAAGUCAUUUGAGUGCUCUCACUGUGGAAAGGCCUUUAGGCACAUAGGCACACUCAAUACACACCAGAUGAUCCAUACAGGGGAAAAGCCAUUUGAGUGCUCUCACUGUGGAAAGGCCUUUAGGCACAUAGGCACACUCAAUACACACCAGAUGAUCCAUACAGGGGAAAAGCCAUUUGAGUGCUCUCAGUGUGGAAAGGCCUUUAGGCAAAUGGGCGCACUCAAUUACCACCAAAUGAUCCAUACAGGAGAAAAGCCAUUUGAGUGCUCUCAGUGUGGAAAGGCCUUUAGGCAAAUGGGCGCACUCAAUAAACACCAGAUGAUCCAUACAGGGGAAAAGCCAUUUAAAUGCUCACACUGUGGAAAGAGCUUUCGUCAAACGAACCAUCUAAACAAACACCAGAUGAUCCAUACAGGGGAAAGGCCAUAUCAGUGUCCAGACUGUGGCAAAGUCUCCAGCAGUGCCGCCAACCUGAAAAGGCACCAGUUGAUCCAUUCGGGCCAGAAGCCGUUCGCCUGCUCCGCCUGCCCCAAGCGCUUCAGAACCCGAGCGGAAUGCGGCGUGCACCACAGCACUCACACAGGGUUCCGGCCGCACGCGUGUGUGUCGUGCGGAGCGGCGUUCAGCCAGGCGUCGGAUCUGAGGAAACACACGCUCAUACACACGGACGAGAGGCCGCAUGUGUGUGAGAGGUGCGGGAAGGGGUUCAGGAGGCGCACACACCUCACGCAGCACUGGAACACACACAUGUAGACACACACACACCUCACGCAG